AUGAGAGGUCUCAUGCCACUUACACUGUCACCGUCUUCCUCCGUGACCUGGAGCAGCAGUCAGUCUGCACCAGCCGACGAGGAUAUGGUAGCUCGGGUAGACGAUUACUUGCCCGAAGUUCUCGCCAAAGAUUUGGAAGUAUCUGCACCAAUCUUCGCAGAGAAGAAGAUGACAGCUGGAAUCCCUGUGAUUGCCCUCCCCGGUGAGGAAAGGACAAAAUUUCGAAGUGGCAGAAUGUCGCCAUAUUCACCAUAUCUCGCAGCUUCUGCGAGAGUUCGGUCUCUUGGCGCCAUCGAAGAAAGAGAAUCCAUGGUAUCAUUUAUCGACCAUGACGACCAGCUUCCGGUGGAAGAGCACGAGACUGUCUCUGAAUCAGCUUCUACUUUCAGCCACGACAGCUCGGAUGGUGCUGAGCCACCGGCGUUUCGGUAUCGCAAUUCAGUUGUCACCACUGCGACUUCAUUGGCCUCAGUGAGCUACAGACCAAAGACAUCGCCGCCACCCGAAAGUCAGUUUGGAUGCAGCUGGAUCGAUGCCGACUCGGAUGGUGAAGAUGGACGUGCUGAAAGCGCCGAAGAAUGCAAUGCCGGAGCGCUUGCACCGAGACCGCCAACACCGCCUUGCUCAGAGAUCAGCUCGCCCGUCACAGCAAUACACCCAAGAAACGAUAUAGGAGGCUCUUGGAUACAGAAACCAAAUAAUCUACACAAAAAGUCUCACUCAGUCAGUGGCGGGUCUCCCAGCACAGCUAUUCGAAGACAAAUGUCGCCUAGGUCACCUACUGAGCGCGCGAGGCCAUCGACGAUGAGCGGUCCCAAGAGACACGUGGCAAUGGAUUCAUUCAGAAGGAGCCAAUCUCAGACUCUGAGAUCACCGCAGAUCCAGACUCUGGCGGUACCGCAACGCGCGCAGUCGCUUAGAACCACUACACCGGACACGCCACUGUCAAGCCCGCGGUUUCGAGAACCAACACUCCAUUCAGCCAGUUUAGCAAAACCACCAACUGUCUGCGAAGACCUGGAUGGAUCUGAUGACGAACUCUUGUGUACAGCUUCAAGAGUUGAAUCGUUGAAAGCCAACACCGUUUUUGUUCGAUCGCCAACAUCGCCAGAACCCAUGCGAAGUGUGCAGUCGUGGCUGAAUAGUAGUCUUCAACCUUAUCCUUGGACACACCAAAGCGAGGAGACGUCAAGAGCAGUACCACUGCCACCCGACGCCAUCGAGACGUUGAGAGUAUCGGUGGCUUGCUUCCCAGAAACCAUGCUACUAACAUCGAGCCUCACUGUCGAGACAAUUCGAAGCUACGCCAAGAAGAUGAAGCACCCUCUCACGGAAACCGCCACUGUGGCAGCUGAGAGUCCGGCGCAGCCACCGCGCAAGUCGCUUUGGCGUAAAGUUGUCAGCUACAAGAGAAGCGGCUCUCCGGUAUCCGAUGCAAAGAGCCCUCCAAGGAACACCAGUUCCCGUCACGGGAAUAGCAUAGACUCUUCUUCGUCAGGCGAAAUAGAGACUCCAAAGCCAUGGGUGGCCAUUGGCAAUGUAUUUGCAAAUUGCUCCGACUACAUAUGCGACGCGUUAUACGCUCAUAUUGUGUCAUAUAACUACGUCUCUGCACUGGUGGCACGCAAUCCUGUACCAGUCCCAAGCAACGGCCGUGCCAGCUUGGUCAACCUGAGAGAGUCACAGCAGCGGCAGGAUGACGUCCCCAAAAAGGCCGCAUCGUUGCUCGGACUUGCGGCAUCUGCAGAAGCAGCAGCAAACAUGGUUCGAAAGCCUAGACGACUUAGCACUCCGCUCGGCGACUGGAACAAGGAUGGCAUCAUGACAAGCGGCAGCAAUGCGCCGAGCAGCCAAGACAAUGCGCUGCGCGUUAUACAAAGCGGCCUACUUCACUGUAUCGCACGACUAAUUGCCACGGCCAGGCUGAUGGCGGAAAGUGGCAACGGCGAAGAAAGAAUGGUCGACAUGGAAGCCGAGGAUGCAGAUAUGCUCUUCAUGCGAAGUCUGUGUGAAAUUGUCCGCAUGGCAGAGGACAUGUCGUGA